GAUAAUUAACAUUGAAAUAUGGGGUUCACAUUUCAUUAUUGGUGUAUUUAUACUACUAUAUUUUGUGUAUUUUUCCAAAUCAAGGAGGUGUUGUGAAACUCCUUUUCACUACCCUAGCUCCGUCAUUGGACACAAUACUAAGGUUAUCUUUCGUUGUUUUAAUCUCUUCUCACGUACUCAAUUUCAAUCCUUACAUGCCAUUGUCAUUUUUUUUUUGUCCCCUACUUAUCACCGGAAUCUCGUAAACUCUUUGUGUAACACCUUAGACAAAUCCCACAUCGACAAAGCACAGGAGAGAUCCAUGGUUCAUAAGUAGGAAACCGGCCUUAACUGACAAGACGCGUUUUGGAGUGUAAUGGAAGAGUUCUUGUGAGAACUCCGAAGUUAAACGUGCUCAGUGUGUUGUACAACAAGGAUGAGUGACCUUAUGGGAAGUCACCCUGAAUUGCACUCCAAAUUGAAAUCCGUGCGGAUGUAGAUGCCCAAAGCGGACAGUAUCUUAUCGGAAAAAGGUUCGGGAUGUUACACUUUGUUUGGGUUUUUUUUCUUGCGAGGCUAUAAUUGAUGCAGCAAAUUAAAUACAAAAUGCUACUAAACAGAAAGAAGGGAAAGGUUCUUAGCUUUAUGGGUGCAUGGUAAUUAUUGCUACUAAUUAAUUAUAUUGUGCAUGCGACGAAUGAUUAAUGAAUGAGAAGAAGGGCAAUCACUGGUUUUAGCUCUAUAAUAUAUAUGAUCCAUUGGCCGCUGACUAGGAGCUAGGCAAUGAUUCAUCCUCACAUGGCUGGCGGCGGGGAGUUUCUUUUCCCCCCACUCCCCUCUUUUGUGUUCUUGGGGAUUUGUUUGGUUCUGGUUCUCCAACGUAUUGCCAAACGUAAUUACAAGCAAUCAGAUGCAUAAACAGAGCUAAAAGGGCACCGAAUUUCAUUAUCCAGAAAUAGAGAAUAAGUUGUUGUGCUUAUUUGGGUGAUUAAUACCCACAAACAAAUCAAAUUUAAUAAUGCUCAAAAUCAAUCAUCAUUAUGUUCUCCAUGAUCAUUAUUAACCCUCAAUAAUCAUCAUCCACACUAUCCUGUUAAUCAAACAAUAAUACUAAUCAAUCAACCCACCUCAUCCAUUAACCCUUAAUCAUUAGUGAGAGAUCGAGAACUCAAGUAUCACAGCCACCACGAGUAUCUUAUUGUCUGUUUACUCUAUUUUAUAACAAAAAUCAUUAAUUAUUUACUUGAAUAUAGUUUUCCAGAAGUUCUGAUAAUUUAUGAUGUGUGUGGAUUCCUGGGGAGAUUAAUGCCGAUGUACAUUAUAUAUAUGCUUUUGUAGAACAAGAAUUGAGCCCUAACUUUGUAGUAUUAACCGACCGAGUCUCUAAAGUUUUUACAAUACAAGCAAGCUAAGUAAAACUGACUCUUCCCUUCGCUCUGAAUCGUAAUCCUCUUUGCCGAUGACGACCGUCACCGGCGGAGCCUCCUCGGGUGUCGUCGGUGACGGGCGCACCUGGGCGUCUCUGUUCUCGAUCAGUCUUGAUUUUAAGUUGGAUUAUUACGAGCCGGAGUUUGUUAAUGGCUCACUGCGUAUUCCUGCGUCUGUCAUUGAUGAAGGAUCUAAGCGUUGGGUCAACUGUCUCGUUGGGCAAUUUCUUGAUCGGCCGGCGUCACUCUCAUCUAUUCAUUUUUGGGCGAAUUGGAUUUGGGGGCGCGAUGGAGCGAUUAGGGUUUCAUGGUUGGGGGAUAAGCUGGUUCUGUUCCAAUUUCCGACUGCGGAGGUCUGUCGCUGGGUAUUCGAAGGAGGGCCUUGGCACCACAGGGAGAAUAUGCUCUUCCUGCGCAAAUGGGAACCAGGUGUCCAGCCCCUUGCUAUUGAUAAUUUUGUUGUUCCAGUAUGGGUUAGAUUGUCGAAUUUGCCUUCUGAGAUGACUUCGAAGGAGGGGUUAGGGCGGAUUGCAAGUUCUUUGGGUAAGCCGCUUUGUAUGGACUUUCCUACAAAGCAGGGGACGCAGUUUGGGGUGUACAAGGUCUGUGUGGAGGUCACAGUGAAGUCGAACAUGGUCAACAAGCUGAGUAUUACCCCUGAUGGCAGGCCUGAGAUGUUCGUGGAUGUAGAAUAUUGCCAUGUACCGAGCAAAUGUAUGAAGUAUAAUGUUUUUGGGCAUGAUUGUUCGAAUCUAGGAGGAAAAACGAAGCAAAUUUGGGUUGUUAAGCAACCAAGAGUUCAGGAAGUACAUCAGGCUUCUAAGGAUAAGGGCAAAGGAUUUUUAAUGGAGGGAGUCACUGAGUCUUCCAGUCCUGUUAUAGAUAUGGCUGAUGUUGCUGACCCUCUUCAGUCUGGUAAGUCUCCCAUUUCUGAGGAGGUGAGGGAUAUCACUGCUACAAUUGAGGAUGGGUUUCAGAUGGUUACGAAUAGAAAGCAUCGAGUGAGAGCUCCUACUCCUGGGUCGAUUAAGAGCCCAUGGAAUGGUUCUACUGGUAGAACUUCCGGGAAGCUGUCUUUGGAUGAAAGGAGUUUUCCAACUUUGAGUCGUCCUAGUCCAAAGUAAGUUGCUGAUCCUCCUCCUGCACCUGCAAAAUGUAGAGGUCGAGGGAGGAAGCGAGGUAAAUGAAGGUUCUAUGUUGGAAUGUCAGGGGGUUUAAUGCCCCCGACAAGCACUCUGCAGUGCUGAAGAAAAUUUUUCGUUUAAAGUUGGAUAUUAUAGCUAUUAUAGAGACUAGAGUAACAGAAGAUAAUAGUGUAGGUAUACUUUCUAAACAGUUUAGUCAUUUGAAAUAUUUGAAUAAAUACCCUAAGUCCCCUAAUGGUCGAAUCUGGUUACUUUGGAAGGAAGGUUUAAAGAUUACAAAAGUUGAGGAUGGCAAGCACUUUCUGAAGGUGAAAGUUUGGGGAGUCUCCCAUUUUAUUCUCAUGGUGGUUUAUAGCCCGAAUAAAGAGAGUGAGAGGUCUGUUCUAUAUAAAGAUCUUCUCCCUCACAAAGACAGUGUUCUACCUAUGGCUGUUUUGGGUGAUUUCUGUUUUGACUCCAAGGGAGACUUCAAACCUCGCUGUAAUGAGUUCCAAUAUGGUUGAGUUUCAGACCUGGGUUGAUGAUAUGAAAUUGGAGGAGCAUAAGGUCAUGGGAGCUUGGUUUACCUGGUGGAAUAAGCCAUAAGAGAAUCCAAUAGCCAAGAGGCUGGAUUGGAUUUUUAUUAAUGAGGCUUGGCUUUCAGUAUUUGCAACUAGCACUGCUACUACUACGACCCCUGGGAUUUCUGAUCACUGUGGCUUGCUGUUGCAAGUUAUGCCCCAAUUAGACAGUCUGCCAAAAUCGUUCAAGUACUUUAAAUUCUGGUUUAGUCACCCUACUUACUUUGAUUUGGUCUAAGAAGCUUGGAAUACUGCUGUUAAGGGUCGCCCAUACUUUUUUUCUAUGGGAAGUUGAGGCAGGUGAAACUGAAGCUUAAGAAGCUAAAUAGAGAGGUCUAUUCUGACAUCUCUUCUCAGGUUCGUGUCAGUGACCAGGAAUUGGAGCGGAUACAAAUGGAACUUCUGCACACCCCAACUGAGGGAUUGGUGGAGGAGGAAAAAGAACUUGCUAUGAGAUGCCAUGAGUUGCAAAGGGCUGAGGAGAGUUUUUAUAAGCCGAAAUCCAGAAUGAGAGGGGUCCAAGAAGGGGAUAUGAAUACCUCUUUCUUCCAUCGUUCUGUGAAGGUGCACACUCACAAGCAGUAGAUUACUCGUCUUAUAAACUCACAAGGGCAGGAAGUUUCAGAUAUAAAGGAAAUGGGGAGAGUGGCUGUUGAGUUCUAUAAGUAGUUAAUAUGGGAGGCAAAUUCUGAUGUGGUGGUGCAUCCUUCUAGUUUUUAUGAGCAGUUGUCACUCAAGAAGAUUUCAGCCGAGGAGUCUCUAUCUCUGGUUUCUCCAGUUACUAGGGAGGAGAUCUGGCAAGUGUUUAAGAACCUUGGUAGGGACAAAGCCCCAGGGCCCGAUGGAUUUCCAUCUGAAUUUUAUCAUCUUCAUUGGGGGAUAAUUGGUUAUUUGGUUGUGGAAGUGACUAAGGACUUUUUCCAGUUAGGCAUAAUGCCUCCUAUCUUGAACUAUACUUUUUUCACUCUGGUUGCUAAGGUUCCCAGUGCAGAGCGGAUGAAGGAUUUCAGGCCAAUCUCAUGUUGUAAUACAAUCUAUAAAGGGAUUUCCAAGAUUUUGGCCAACAGGUUAGCAACAGUCUUACCCUCUGUUAUAUCCACCUCUCAAUAUGCUUUUAUUAAGGGUCGCUCAAUUUGUGAUAAUGCUCUGUUAGCUUCUGAAUUGGUUAAGGAUUAUCACAGAAAGAAUAUUACUCCUCGUUGUGCUAUUAAAAUCGAUAUUAUGAA